AUAUCCAACCCUUCCUCCCAGCAGGAACCCAGGGCGGCGAAGUCACACAGACUUAUAUAAAUGAUAGCCUAGUGCAAAGACCUUGCCCAGAUUCUUCAGACAGUCACCUCUAAAUAUAACAUUCUUUCUGAACACAAUGCCUCAGUUCUACCUGAGCUUACUUCUUGCUGGGCUCUGUGCUUUUGCCCACUCUCACCACGUCCCUGACCACCAUGAGGACCAUGACUACCACCUCCAUCCUCCUGCUGAAGAUCACAGUGAUCUCCCCUCUUCAAAGAUAGCCUCAGCAAAUGCUAAGUUUGACUUUAAAUUAUUCCACCAGCUUAUUUCAGAGGGUGCUAAUACGAAUGUUUUCUUCUCACCUCUGAGUAUUUCCAAUGCCUUGGCCUUGCUGUCACUGGGGGCUAAUUCCACCACACAGAGUCAGCUUUUGUCAGGACUUGGCUUUAACCUGACUGAAAUCAGUGAGCAGGAAAUACAUGAAGUGUUCCAUCAUCUCUUCCAACUGUUAAACCACUCUGAUGCUGAUAUCCAGUUGAGCCCUGGGAAUGCCCUUUUCACAGACAACCAAGUGAAACCCCUAAAGAAGUUCUUGGAUGAUGCCCAGCAUUUUUAUGAGACAGAAGUUUGUCCUACUAACUUCAAGAAUUCAACAGAAGCUGAGAGCCAGAUCAAUAGCUAUAUUGAAAAGAAAACUCAUGGAAAAUUAGUUGAUGUUGUCAAGGUUCUUGGCACAGAGACUAGAAUGAUCCUUGUAAACUAUAUUUUCAUGAAAGCCUAUUGGAAAAAUCCUUUUGAUUAUCUAAGCACUAGAGAAGAUGACUUCUUCGUAGAUGAGCAAACAACGGUGAAAGUCCCUAUGAUGAACAAAGACAGCAUCUUUGAGACUUACUAUGAUCAGGAUCUGUCCUGUCGGGUGGUGAAGCUCCCCUACAAGGGCAAUGCUUCAGCAUUAUUCAUUCUGCCUGACCAAGGAAAACUGAAGCAGGUGGAAGAUGCUCUGGGGCAAGACGUUUUGUCAAAAUGGUUGAAAUCACUGAAACCAAGAGUAAUACGUCUAUCCCUUCCAAGGUUUUCAAUCUCUGGCAGCUAUGUUCUCAAAGGGAUAUUAAGAAGAAUGGGCAUUACUGAUGUAUUCACAGACCAAGCAGACCUCUCCGGAAUUACUGGGAAGCCAGAGCUGAAGGUUUCCAAGGCUAUUCACAACGCUUAUUUAAAUGUCCGUGAGAAUGGCACUGAAGAUGCAGCCACCAUUGUCCCUGAACUGGUUCCCCCUAAACUGGUUUCAGGGUCCGUUUCCCCUAAAGUCAUAUUCAACAGGCCCUUCCUGGAUAUAUUCCUUGUAAAAGGAAAAAUACUGUUUAUGGCAAAAUUUAACAAUCCUGCAAAGGCAUGAUUUCUUAUAUGCAGCAUGCGUGAAGAGAUCCAGUCCCUGUCAUGCAUUCCCAAACUACUUAAACACUGAUUGAGUCUAAAUGUCACAGAUUGGGAUGGAAGGAUUUGUCACUUGUGGUUCUCUCUGUUUCUCAUUUUUCCAAUCUUAAAUUCAGUUCUCCACAUUUCUACAGCAAUUUGCAAUUUUUAAAAAAGAAAUCAUUCAAAUUGUACAGCAUUUAUGCACACUUUCAUCUAAUAUAGAUAGACAGACAAACAGACAGACAGACAGAUAGAUAGAUAUUAUAUAUAUUAUGCAAAAUAUUCAAUCAAGCUUUCCUAUCUCCUGUCACCAAUGUAAAGAUAAUACACUUCAGUUGAAACAAGUACUUUGCACAUUAAUCUGCAUAUAAUGGAAUUAUAUGGUAGCGUACAGGGUGAAUCAUCUCUAAGAUCACAGUCUUGAAAAACAUAAGAGUUAAUUUCAUGUGAGCAACAUGCACUGUACCGCAGCACACUUUCACUUCACAAUGAGUUUGUAGAAGUGGAUGCUGCUUGUAAAAUCAAAUCAAAAGCCUUUUGUUUAUGCAUGGUUCUGUGUUCUCAUGUCACAUGUGACAUGAUGUGUAUUGUGCAUGGAGUGUUGCUCUUUGGCAAACAUAAUAAACCACCUAGGAUGUACAGUA